AUGGUGGCCACGGACAACAUAUCAAGUGAAGCCACGGACACACUGAUCUCCGACGGCCAGCCGUACAUCCAGGUCAAUUCAGUCUGGAAGGUGUUUGGCAGGAACCCGGAACGGGUACUGGAGCCGCAGCAUUCGGAGCACGAUAAAUCCUUCUUCCAGACCGAGUUCGGCAACGUCAUCGGCCUGCAGGACGUUUCCUUCCAGGUAAACCGGGGCGAAACAUUCGUGAUCAUGGGGCUGUCGGGCAGCGGCAAAUCCACGAUGGUGCGCUGUCUGAUCCGGCUGAUUGAGCCCACCGCCGGCGAGAUAAUCAUCGCGGGCGAGGACAUCACCAAGAUGUCCGAAAAGGAGCUGAUCGAGUUCCGCCGUAACAAAGUCGCCAUGGUGUUCCAGCACUACGGUCUGAUGCCGCACCGCAAGGUGCUGGACAACGCGGGGUGGGGACUGGAGGUGCAGGGGGUCAAGAAGCCGGAGCGAGAAGCGCGCACCCGAGAGGUGCUGGAACUGGUCGGCCUGGGGGGCUGGGAAGAGUCGUACCCGCGCCAGCUAUCCGGAGGCAUGCAGCAAAGGGUUGGUUUGGCCCGCGCGCUGGCCGUGGACACCGACAUCAUGCUGAUGGACGAGCCUUUCAGCGGGUUGGAUCCGCUGAUCCGCCGGCAGAUGCAGGACGAGCUGCUCCGGCUACAAACGGAGUUGCACAAGACCAUCGUAUUCAUCACGCACGACCUCAACGAGGCGCUGAAGCUGGGCGACCGGAUCGCCAUCAUGCACGACGGCAAGGUGGCGCAGAUCGGAUCACCGGAGGACAUCGUGCUGCGUCCCGAGGACGAGUACGUCGGCGACUUCACGCAGGACGUGCGCCUGGAGGCGAUCCUGAAUGCCGGUAAGGUCAUGGUGACACCCAAGGCCACCGUGAUGGGCCACCAGGGGCCACGGGCGGCGCUGCACACCAUCGGCGACAGCGACGGCGACGCGGCCUGGGUGGUGGACCGAGGGCAGCACUACAUCGGAAUGCUGUCCAUCAGCAACGCCGAGCGUGCGCUGCGCGCCGGGGUAAAGCGGUUUGACGAGGCGUGGGAUUACGUGGACCGCGAAUACCAGACGGUGGAGCCAACGACCUCCUUCGAUGAACUGAUCCCAAUCGCCAUGGGAAGCGAUUUCCCGAUUCCGGUUACCGAUGAAAAGAACACGCUGGUCGGCGAGGUGCAUCGGAGCGCGCUGGCUGAAGCACUGGCGGAAACGUCCACCGCAGAUCAGGAUUACGAAGCCAACGCCGCCGAGAACGCGGCGCUGGCCGGCGAAGCCGAAGUUACCUCGUAA